UUUACAGUUUUACUCUGAUUAUGCGAAUUUCGUGAGUUGCUGAUAUGGCGCUGACUUACUGUUUGAUAAAAUUCUUGAAAGAGCUCUAAUUAGUUCUUCUUGCGCGUUCAUCUCUCCCUUCAGCUUUUAAUGUACUAAUCUUGCAUUAGUUAAUUUUGUUUAUGCCAACCUUAGCUUGAUCGCCAGGGGCGGAAAGUUGGGAGAAGCUAAGUCUGAUCGGUGCUUGAGAUUUGCAAGUUUUUGACAUUUGCUUGCUUUUACAAAUUAAGAAAAAAAUGGAAAGGUUUUAUUUCUUGUAUUUAACCAUUUGCCUGCUAUUAGAUGUUCAAAGAUGGGGUUUUUGUAUUGCAGAAAAGCAUAUAAUGCAAGGUCUAGGAUCAAAGUAUUGUAGGAGGAUAUUGUCUUCUGUUGCAGCUCUGAGUGGAGACGAUCCUGGUCUUUUUAGAAUUUUGAAACAGUCUUAUACUACCGUCUCAACUUUGCGAAGAAUUUUUGACAAUGUGCAGAAGCCUACAAUUCCCGGUGAAUUCUUGAAGUGGGGUUCGCUUGGUUUGUGCAGGACAUCAAGCUUUGCAACUGGGUUCACACCAUUGCAACCAAAGCCCUUGGAGUCGAUUAUUGAUAUAGAGAGGGCACAGAAUAAAUCAACUGAAGAACUCGCGGACAUUUGGGAUGAUUAUCACUUGGGAAGAGGCCAUAUUGGUGCAUCAAUGAAAGCAACAUUGUACCAUCUAUUAAAGCAAAGAGCUGUGGAUUGCCGCUAUUUUGUGAUUCCAAUGUGGAAAGGAAAUGGUUAUACAACCAUGUUUUUGCAAGUUCAGAUGCCACACAUGCUUUUCACUGGUCUUGAAGAUUACAAGGCAAGAGGAACUCAAGCUGCUCCAUACUUCACUGCUUCAUACUAUACAGAAUUUGCAGAAAGCAAGGAAUUAGUGCUUAUUCGUGGAGAUAUUGUGUUUACUAGCAAGCUGACUGACUCAGAGGCAAAAUGGCUUCUUGAGACUGCACAAUCAUUUUACUUGAAUGAUGUCAGGUACAAACUGGUAGAGCGUUUCAACAAAGAAACCCGUGAAUUUGAGUUCAAGGAUGUCUUGCAGGCAUUAGAUAUGCCUGUUUUGUAGUUUAAAUUAUCUAGGAAAUUGUAAGAGUAUAGAUUGGCCUUUUUCUUGUUAUAAAUUUUGCGCAAUAGGAUGGACAUGUUUUUACCCUUUUUCGAAUAAUAAUCAGGCCUGGUUUUGAUUGCAUUA